CAUGGCUUCCAAUCACACCACAGAAGCACCUAUGGAUACGCCGAUGGCUGAGAGUCAGACAUCAGGAGAGGAUUCACAGCCUCCAGCUGAGACAGGAAUCAACCCUUCCGAUCUGCCCCAAGAAGAACCCAAGUUCUUCUGUGCUUGCCGGCGGCCUGCCCUGAAACGGACCUCCGGCACAGCUCGGAAUCCUGGGAGGCGCUUCUUCACCUGCUAUUCCGGGAAAGACAUUUGCAAAGUCUGGGUCUGGGAAGACCUCCUUCAGCAGUAUGUUGAGAAGAUGGUGGAUUACAACAAAUCAACAACACGUGACAUGGCGAUCCAAGAGUUAGCAAUAGUCAGGGAGGAACUCAAUGCAAGAGAGAAGCAGAUCAAUGAAUUGAAGGAAAAAUGCUGGUCCUAUGAAGAGCAGACUAACGAAUUGGCAAAAAUAGAUGAUCAUGAAGCUUUAGUUGCAACAUUUGGUGAUAUGGCAAUUUCCAAAGCCAAGUCAGUUACCAAGGAUGAUGGUGGAUCAUCUAGCUAAAUCUUGGAGCUAUGGCAUGACUGUUUGUGAGAUGGCUGGCUGCUAUUGACCUGGCGACUGGAGGUGCCUUUCCAUGGCUGUUUCGACAUCAGAACUAUAAAGUUCCAUUGUUGGUCAAGUUAGCAUGUGCUGGUGGUCAUUGCCGCAUUGUUUCAUGUAUUCUGUUUCUGUUGGUAUUUACCUUUAUUUUAGUAUCUGUUUGAGACUAUAUAUGUCCUUGUGUCUAAUUAGUCCUAUUAACAUUUGUACCAGGCUAUUUGGUAUGUUCUUAUGUGUGAUGUCUUAAGGCUAUUUCGUAUGUCCUGAUGUGUGAUGUAUUAAGUAUUUGUGUGAAAGACUAUGUCCAGGUGCCCAUAUUAUGUAUCUUUAUGAGACUAUGUUUGUCAAAUGUAUUUCUGGUUUGUAAUU